CCCGGCCGGCCCGCCCCCCGCCCAGCAAGGCGCUCCAGGCAGCCGCUCAAGUUGGACGGCGCGACCGCAGGAACCCGCUGCAGUUCCGCGGCCGCUCUCGCUGCUUCUGCGCCUCGGCUCGGCCGCCGCCUGGCAGCGAACCCCGAAGGCGCUCGACUCGCGGAGUCUCCCGCCGCUGACUCGCCGACCCCUCUGGGCGCGGAGCCCUCCGCCAGCUCCACUUUGACGACGCCUCCAGGCUGCAGCGCGGCAGCGACAGCGAGCGAAGAUAGAGAGCGUUGCCUUCUGGAGGGACCCGGACUUUUGCCCCGCUGCCGGGUCAUUUCUCCGUCUGGCCUUCGACUGAGCGGGGAAGGCUGCCCGCCGCUCCGUCCGUAACCGCGUCCUUCGGAGGGAGCGCGCAAUCGGUGCACGUCCCGCCAGCCUCCCUCAGCCCGGCCGCCUCUGUGCGCAGGAGCCGAAGCCGCCGACCCCCGCCCGGCGCUUCCGACGGCUGCAGUCCGGCCCCCGCCCUCCGGCCCCGGCGUGCACGAUGCUCUUUGCCGGCUUCGAGCUGCUCUCGGCGCUGGCCACCGUCGCCGCCUGCCUGGCCUCGCUGACACUGCUCCUGGCCGUCUCGCAGCAGCUGUGGCAGCUGCGCUGGGCCGCCACGCGCGACAAGAGCUGCAAGCUGCCUAUCCCGAAGGGCACCAUGGGCUUCCCGCUGGUCGGCGAGACCUUCCACUGGCUGCUGCAGGGCUCCGGCUUCCAGUCCUCGCGGAGGGAGCGCUACGGCAACGUCUUCAAGACCCACUUGCUGGGCCGCCCGCUGAUCCGCGUGACGGGGGCCGAGAACGUGCGCAAGAUCCUGAUGGGCGAGCACAGCCUGGUCAGCACCGAGUGGCCGCGCAGCACGCGCCUGCUCCUGGGCCCCAACACGGUGGCCAACUCCAUCGGCGACGUCCACCGGCACAAGCGGAAGGUGUUCUCAAAAAUAUUCAGCCAUGAAGCCCUGGACAGCUACCUCCCGAAGAUCCAGCUGGUGAUCCAGGACACCCUGCGGCUCUGGGGCAGGAGCCCUGACCCCGUCAACGUCUACCAUGAGGCCCAGAAGCUCACGUUCCACAUGGCUGUCCGUGUCCUCCUGGGGUUCCGGAUCCCGGACGAGGAGCUCAGCCAGCUCUUCGGAGUCUUCCAGCAAUUUGUGGAGAACGUCUUCUCCUUACCUGUGGACCUGCCCUUCAGUGGCUACCGCAGGGGGAUUCGUGCUAGGGAGGUUUUGCAGAAGGGCUUAGAAAAAGCCAUCCGGGAAAAGCUGCAAAACUCACAGGGCAAGGACUAUCUGGACGCGCUGGACAUCCUGAUAGAGAGCGGCAAGGAACACGGCAAGGAGCUGACCAUGCAGGAGCUGAAGGACGGCACCCUUGAGCUGGUCUUCGCGGCCUAUGCCACCACGGCCAGUGCCAGCACCUCCCUGGUCAUGCAGCUCCUGAAGCAUCCGGUGGUGCUGGAGAAGCUCCGUGAAGAGCUGAGGAACAAGGGGGUCCUGCACAAUGGCUGCCUCUGCGAGGGGGCUCUCCAGCUGGAGACCGUCAGCAGCCUCCACUACCUGGACUGCGUCAUUAAGGAGGUCCUCCGGCUUUUCACCCCCAUUUCGGGGGGCUACCGGACGGUGCUGCAGACCUUUGAGCUGGAUGGCUUCCAAAUUCCCAAAGGAUGGAGCAUCAUGUACAGCAUCCGAGAUACUCACGACACAGCUCCUGUCUUCAAAGACGUGGAUGUGUUUGACCCCGAUCGCUUUGGACAGGGUCGCAACGAAGAUAAAGAUGGCCGGUUCCAUUACCUCCCCUUUGGCGGAGGGGUACGGACAUGUCUUGGCAAACAUCUGGCCAAGCUGUUCCUCAAGGCUCUAGCCAUUGAGUUGGCCAGCACAAGCCGAUUUGAGUUGGCCACCAGGACUUUUCCUCAGAUGACACUCGUGCCUGUGGUCCACCCGGUCGAUGGACUCAAGGUCAAAUUUUUUGGACUUGAUUCAAAUCAGAAUGAAAUCCUGACAGAGAGAGAGGCCAUGCUAGGAGCCACGGUGUAGCCAGAUGCUUCUCUGGGCUGGGGAGGUUGAAGAGACCAGAAUGGAGAAUGGCAAGGAAAAAGCUAAGCCCACCACUGUUGGAGACACGCUAACUUUGGUGGAACCUAUUCGGCAAAGCCUUCUCCAGUGAAUAUGCCAAAAACUGUGGUGGUGUUUUUCUGUGAGGAGGAAUAGCAGGUUUCCCCUGGAUGGAUGCUGUUUUAUUUUUUUGAACACCAAUGAGAGGAGAAUUGUUGUGACCAUAAUCAGUGUAUGUCUGUGUGUAUGCACACUUACUUCUAAGUGUUAAUCAGGCAGUGGCAUCCCACAGCACUGGGGAACUGUUUUUGUCUUUGCUAUUAAAAAUGGCUAAGGGACUCCCUGAGCAGGCCUGGGUACCAGUCAGCCUUGUGUGCUUGUGGCAUGGGGGGUGGGAGGGUCUCUCCCUGCAUUCAUGCUUGGGGGGCAGGCUUAAAAUCCACGUGGGGAGGUUAUCAGAAAAAUGGCUGAGGAAGCUGUACGUUUUUGUGAAGGCAGCAGGCUCAGCCAGGGAUCUAGACGCAUAUUUUGCAAAGCUUUGAGAUUGCCCCUGGAGUCUGCACAGCUGCCACAGCUUCUCUUCCGUCUGAAGUUGCUGAGAUGCAAUCCUUGGCUGUGGCUUCUCCAGCCUGGUUGGAAGAAUAAAGAGGUUGGGCUGUGGAUUCUGAGCUUCUCUGCUUGGCAGUGAGGAAGCUCCUGGGCUUUCAAACUGCCAUCACUUCCAGAGCCCCGCACCAUCUUCCCUGCCAAGUCUGAGAAGACCAGACCUGGGCCAUGAUCAGAGAAGGCCCCUUGAGGCUGUCAGAUGCUGCUUGCUUUCUCUCUUUGAGUCCCCACGAUCCCCCCCGGGUGUCCUCUGAGUCAGCCCUGGGCCUCCUUGCUCAGGGAUGCUCAGGACCCUUUGUGGUGUUCUAGGCCACAUUCUCAGUCCCGAGACCAGGAGUUGUUCCUUUGCCAGGAACGCUUCGAGAAGGAACCGACCCACCCAGAGCCACAGCCUGGAGCCCCUGGCCGAGCAGGGUUGGGUGGCAAACCUUUCCAGACAGAAUGCCCGCUGUGGCCCUCAGAGCUUGUCUGGGGAAAGCUGUCCUA